AUAGAGAACUUUUAAUACUUUUUAUCUUUAGUUUUAUUUUGUAUAAUGUUGAUCUGAGAUGAAUUCAAAUGGUUAUCUGACUAUGCAGUUCUCCAGAGGUGGGAAGAAUGUAGUGUGCAAAGAUUACCUUGACAAUAUGAUUGUGUUUUCUGAUGCAUGGUGGAUAGGGUGGAAGGAUGAGAAUCCUGAAGAAGCACGGCUCGAGUUUCCAAAGGAGCUAAAUGUGCAGCAAGAGAAAUUGGAGUGUGAUUUCAAAGGUGGUGCAGGUGCUACAUGCGUUCAAAAACGAAGUAUUAGCGAAUGUGGGGUCAAGCAUAUGGAGCAACAGUCUCCUGAACAUGAACAGGAGGAGAAUUUUUCAGAAAGUCAAAAUGAUUCAAAAGAAGUUAUAGAAUUAACUCCAAGUCGUCGUUCAGCAAGGGCAGCAGGAAAAAAAUUCAAUUUUGCAGAACCUUCUUCCGGGGAUGAUUUGGUUGACAAUGAAGCCGAAACUUCCGAGGAAGAAGAGAAAAGUGGCAGUGACAUUCUUUGUGAUGAUACUGUAGUACAAGGUCAUGUUGCUGAAAAUAUUACUGCCGCUGCUGAAUCUGCUUCCAAGUCUGAGAAAUCCUCCUGCACUAAGAAAAGUUCUCUUGUUCAGGCUACUAUUUCCACAAUGUUUAAGAAAGUGGACAAGCUUGCCACUCCAGAUAGAGUUUCUCAAAGGAAAACAAGAAAAUCAACAAACAAAGAGGCAUCCAACACAGAAUGUGGUCCGACCAUGUCUGAUCAUGUUGGUACUUCUCAGGGUGAAGAUGAUAUUGAAGAGUUCUCAAGUUCAUCUAAGUGAAGUCCUAGACUCUCACAUUUUGGGUUAUUCUUCAACUCUUAAAUACGUACAGGAUGCAGAAGCUAGCGAUGAAGAUUGGGCUGCUUGAGUUAUUGUAUUUUAUAUUUUAAUCGAUAGAAUAUGACGACUAUUCUCAAUGGAUUUGUAAAUUACUCUUGCGGACGAAUGUCAAGGGGGACGCCACGAGUGAGCAUCGCAUGGGCAGGCCACGUCGGGGAUCUAGCUAUAGACAAUUCCUCCUAAAAGACUCGAAGAUUGCAUUUGGAGGGAGGAUGAUCACAUGAAGAAGGCCAUAGUUAGUUAUGGAAGAAUAAGUAUAAGGCCAUGAGAAUGUGAAAUGUGAUCGGCAGGCUGUAGUUGUUAGUUUGUUCAGAUUUCUCAUUUCCUCCUAUGAAUUCCAAUUUCCCUUAGCCUUUUGGUGUUGAAUCAUUUGCUUUGCAGUUCAAAUUCCAGUUAUGGCGUUAUCAAUUAUUAUACACUACCAGUGUUGAGUUGAGAUUUUUGUUAUAACAAACCUUGCUGUUGAUGUCAUGAAUAUAAAGGCAAACAGAAGCGUUGUCAUCUU